GCAGGGACAAAAAGAGAACGGCUUUCCCUUUUCUGGUAGUCAUUUUUAGUUUGGGGGCCUGCAGGAAUAUUCUCCUAUAUUUGUCUCGAUGGGAUAUAAACCAAAGGCUGAAAGAGGUUUGCAUAUGAAGGAACUAUAAAAGGGGAGCAAAUAUUUUAUGGAGUAAGUCAUCGAGAAGAAGUUCUGCCUUUGGGAAUUUUUAUCAGAGCUUGAAUAUAAGCCAUGGAUGACUUUGAACGUCGCAGAGAGCUCAGGAGGCAGAAACGAGAGGAGAUGCGCCUGGAAGCAGAGAGGUUAGCCUAUCAAAGAAAUGACGAUGAUGAGGAAGAAGCUGCCCGAGAGCGCCGCAGGCGAGCCAGACAGGAAAGGCUGCGGCAAAGGGAAGAGGAUGACUUACCAGGGAUAGAGAAGCCUGAAGUCAAUGCUCAAAACAACAUUGCAGACGAAGACAGCAAAAGUUCUACCAUAACCGUUACCACCGUUAUGAACACCCAGGGGGAUGGUGAAGGUGAUGAGGCUGUGUUCUUGGAGAGGAUGGCAAGGAGAGAAGAACGGCGCCAGAAACGUCUUCAAGAGGCCUUGGAACGCCAGAAGGAAUUUGACCCGACAAUCACUGACGAGAGCCUGUCGUUCACAAGCAGGAGUGAAGUGAAUAAUGUGGAAGAAAAUGAAACCCCCAGAAAAGAGGACAAAAUCGAAACCCACAGAGGACGAUACGAGAUUGAGGAAACCGAAACCAUCACCACAUCAUAUCAGAGGAAUAAUCUGAGGCAAGAUGAGGAAGAUGAGAAGAAAGGAGAGGAAGACAAGGAGGAGGCACAAGAGGAGAAGCCAAAGCAAAGAACCAUAGAAGAGAAUCAGGUAGAAGUAACAAUAGAAAAGAAAACGAUAGACAAAGAAGAGGAAGUGGUGGUGGUAGAUGUAAAACUCCCUGAGGUAAAUGCAGAUGAGCAAAAAGUAGCUAAUGACACGAGUGCCAUUGUAAUAGCACAAGAACAAAUAGAGAGUGAGGAGGCUAUAAGCUUAACGGUAGCUCUAGAUGGAAAGGAAGAUGAAGAGGAUGAGGCUGAAAAGAAAAGAUUAGAAGAGAAGGAGAGGCUGGAGAGGGAGGAAAGAGAGAGAGCAAAAGCAGAGGAGGAAAGGAGAGCAGAGGAAGAGAGGGAAAAAAGAGCUGCUGAGGAGAAAGCGAGACUAGAACAAGAGGAACGGGACAGACUCGAAGCGGAGGAACAAAGAAAAGCUGAGGAGGAGAGGAAAAGGGUUGAAGCGGAGGAGAAAAGGGCAGCUGAGGAGAAAAAGAGGCUAGAAGCAGAAGAACGAAGGAAAGCUGAGGAGGAGAGGAAAAGGGUUGAAGCAGAGGAGAAAAGGGCAGCUGAGGAGAAAAAGAGGCAGGAAGCUGAGGAGAGGGAAAGGAUUAAGGCUGAGGAGAAGAAAGCAGCUGAAGAAAGGGAGAAGGCCAAGGAGAAAGAGAAGAGGGCAGCGGAAGCUAAGAGGGCAGCCGAGGAAAAGGCCAAGCUAGAAGAAGAGAAGUUAAAGGCAAAGCAAAAGGCAGAGGAGAAAAGGGUAGAUGAAAAACAGGGGAAAGGGAAGAAAAUAGAAGAGAAGAAAAUAGAAGAGAAGCAGGUAAAAGAGAAGAAAGUACAAGAGGAAAAAACCCCAGCCGCUUCCCUAAGAAAACAGGGGGAAGAUAAAGAGGCUAAAAAGGAAAAAGUACAAGAUGAGAAACUCCGACCGGCCUUCAAAAAAGAGGAGCAGAUAAAAGACAGCAAGGUGAGCAAAGACAAGGCGCCCAAAGAUGAGGCCAAGCCUGCGUGGGAUCGCAAGAAGGGAAUUCCGGAGCCAAAGCCGCAGAACGGGGAGCGUUUCCCAGAACUCCCCAUUCACAAACUUAAGCAUACAGAGAAUGUGUUUAGCCGCUCCAGCCUUAAAACCACCCCGAACGCUGAGGAUGCCAAGCCAGUACCCAAUGUGGAAGCUGGCAAGCGGGUAGAGGAACUGCGCCGGCGCCGUGGUGAGAACGAGAAUGAAGAGUUUGAGAAGAUGAAACAGAAACAACAAGAGGCCGUUGUGGAACUGGAGGAGCUGAAGAAGAAGCGGGAAGAGCGUCGGAAGAUUCUAGAAGAAGAGGAGCAGAGGAGGAAGAAAGAUGAGAUGGACAGAAAAGCUCGGGAGGAGGAAGAGAAGAGGCGGUUGAAGGAAGAGAUUGAAAGGAGAAGGGCAGAAGCUGCAGAGAAACGGCAGAAGAUGCCAGAGGAAGGCUUGUCUGAAGACAAGAAGCCUUUUAAAUGUUUCACCCCUAAGGGCUCCUCUCUCAAGAUAGAAGAACGUGCAGAAUUCUUGAACAAAUCUGCCCAAAAGAGCAGUAUGAAACCUGCUCAAGCAGCAGCCAUUGUCUCUAAGAUUGACAGCAGGCUUGAACAAUACACUAGUGCAAUUGAGGGCACAAAGGCAGCCAGGCCCGCCAAGCCAGCACCCUCCGACCUCCCGGUUCCUGCUGAGGGAGUUCGUAACAUUAAGAGCAUGUGGGAGAGAGGCAAUGUGUUCUCCUCGCCCUCUGGCACAGGGACGCCCAAUAAGGAAACUGCUGGGCUAAAGGUCGGAGUCUCCAGUCGUAUCAACGAGUGGUUAACUAAGACCCCAGAAAACAACAAAUCACCUGCUCCGAAACCUUCAGACUUAAAACCUGGAGAUGUAUCUGGCAAACGCAACCUCUGGGAGAAGCAGUCUGUGGAAAAGGCCUCGUCUCCCACAAAGGUAUCAGCAGCAGGGAAAAAGUCAGAGACCAAUGCAGGUUUGAGACAAUAUGAAAAGGAACCCUAAGGAAGCCACUUACGAUGCUGGACCAACUCAGUUUUAAAAUGGAAGUGCUAAAUUUGUCUUUCUUUUUAUAUAUAUUUAUGGUUGUUUACCAAAAGGCCUUUUUGUUGGGGUUUUUUUUUUGCAUUAUUCCAGUUAAAAACCAUGUAUAUUAAGCACUGUAUUUAAUACUCCGCCUUAAAUGUUCAUCCUAGUAGUGCCUUUACAUAAGAGCCUUAUUCCUAAAAGAAACCCAUGCUGUGAAAUAGACCCUUCUACUGUUUAGCUCUGUGUCCGAACAAGCCAAGUUCAACCCGCUGAAAAGGAGCACCGUCCGCCACUUACAGCUCCUAUCCAUCCAUAUCCCACUACAAUGAAUUGGGGUAUUAAGGUCUGGGCUCACUCGAACUAAAAACAACCCACAAUACAGCCAAUAAAUGGUUUUUAUGAGAGUGGUACAGACAAACCUCUUUGGAACUACCUUUUUAACAAACAGAGAAUGGUUUGGCACAACCCUUAAUGGGAUUUUAUUAUGCAAGCCAACUGUAACGUUCAGGAACACAGCCCACGUCAUACAAUAUCCCUGGCUGGCAUUCUGCUUUCUGCAAAGGAAAAGCCGGGCAUGCCUCUUCCAUCCAAACUGAAGUGGGCACCUCCAUAACGAUGCUCUGCUGCAAGGGCACCCAGGGCAUGUGUUGUCUCCCCUCCUUCCUUAUUUUAAGGGGGAAAGAAUUCAUGCAAGUUGGGUGUGAAGUGCCAGCUUCAUAUGUUCACAGUGGAAGUGAAAGGGCCGUUCACACCUCCAGGAGGAGGUAACAAAAGACACACGGCAUUGUGUAAAUCCUGCACCAGUGCCAUUCAUUGACGUGAGACCCACCUGUAUGAAGGAUGCUCCAUUGAAACGGCCACACCCAUCCAUUCUUUCUGCACUUUAAAUUGAGGCAGGGAAGAAAGACUUUUAGUUGACGAUAUUCUUUUCUAUGCAUUGUCCCUAUCAAAUCUUCAUCAGUAACAAGUUGGGAACAUAUUUUUGUAGUUUUUAUUUUGUUGUCCUAUUUAGUUUUAACUUAAUAUCCUAAAUUUGGAUGACUGCGGUUGACAGCGGUACUGAAACUUUACUUUUUUUUGGUUAGUUGCAAUUUUAGAGUAUAUACAAUAUAGCUUUACAUGCUUUAGCUGUAAGGCACUACUAACUGUAGAAGGCUUUUAAUACCUGCUAGAUACUAUAUUUAGUUAUAAACUUACAUGACUAGCCAACAUCACAACAUUUUUUUAUAAAAAAGACACACUUUUUAUAUUAAGAUUUCAUAACUGCCAUUGGGCUUUUGGAAAGAGAAGUACUUAGAUUUUUUUAAAAAAAAUAUCAGAUGCCUGUUGAUGGUUAAUUAAAUUUAUAGUUUUAAAAGAGGGAGAAAAGGGUAUUAAGCAUCAAACAUAGGUCACUUGUAUAAAAACAAUGUAGCUAAUUUAUAUAAAACUUCCAUGAUUAACACACACACAAGACACAUAUGCACACAUUAUGCUGGUGACACAUUUGUCUACGUUACUGCACAAAUUUCUCUUUAUCAAGGCUAUCCGCAUCUCAUAGUCUGUCUUUAAAAAGGAAAAAAAAAUCACAAAAAAUGGGCACAAUCCAUCCACCACCUCCCAGCAGCCCCAUGUGCAGGAGGGGAUCAGCGCUGGGCUGCACGGAUCCGUUCUCCCUCCUCCGUUGACCUUUGGCAACAUGAGUGCUAUAAGUGCACCAGCCAGUAUUUUAAAGGGGAAGCCCACUAUGUUUCCCCUCUAUAUGGCUGACCAUCCAUCCUGCUCUGCCCCAUGGUCUCUGUGCACAAGUGAUGUACGCUCCAGAAUACCUAUGGGAUGGAGAGCGAGCUGUGUUGGGGGAGGAAGGAACCAGGACUCCACUGAAACUUAAAUGCUCCUCUGAACACAGCUGCACCUAUGCGCAGGAGGGAAAGGGGUCCGCUCCCAAUCCCCACCCCAAGUUUUUAUUUACAGCCACGUUGUUUGAUUUGUAUAUAGUAUCCACAAUGCUAAGGAAAAAUGUUAGGUUGGUUUGAAGUCACGUGUCACAAUGUUCAGCAUUUACAUCAUAAAGAACAGGGGUAGGGUAGAACGGGCAACUCAGUUUUGAUUUUAUAGCCCACCCUCAAAUGCAGUUACAGCUUGAGAAAGGUUACUUUUUCUCGUUAUGCAUUUCUGGUGCAUCUAUCUUGCCCCGUUUUUUAAAAAGGGACAAUGAUGAAAUCAUUAUUCCAAGGACUGUUGUGCUGCUUCCCUAAACCCUCCUGUUGACACAAUGAAAUUCACCUUAGCUUUCAUAAUGGAGUUGAAGUCAUGCAAAAAGUAACUUUGGAGCUGUCUUGUUUGGUUUUUUUUUUAAAUGACACUUUUGGAUUCUUUACCUGUGAGUAACUGCAAUAAAUCAAUAUGCUGAAUCUGCACUUCACAAUAAAUGGAGUAUGUCUAUCGGA